AUGCGUAUCUUUUCAAGUCUUGUGGCAGCAACUAUUGCAGCGCUUAUAGGUCAUACUUUGGCCGUUCCUAUCAUAGUCCACCCUGGUAGUGCGAAUAAUCUUGUCAUCACGUCGCAUGAUACUAUCAGUGAGGCGAAGUCUACCAGCAAGCCGGCUGCUGCCCACUCAGCUGCUGAAUCUGAGGAGCUCUCAAUCUCAGUGUACAACAACUUCAACAGUGAUCGUGUCAAUGUCUAUGUCACUGGACUUGAUUCCAACGGGGAAAUUGUCCUACUCACACCUGGUGGGAAUUGGUACACUCCACCAAGAAACAGUGAAGCCACAGUGCCUGAACAAAUCACGGAAGGCAUUGCCAUCCCUAUUGGUGCCUAUGGAACGACCACUUCUAUCACUCUUCCGACCUAUGUGUCUUCAGGUCGCGUUUGGGUCGCCGACGGUGAGCUGAGUUUCUUUACUGUGCUAGCUGCCACUGGUGUGCUAUCCCUUGUCGAACCAUCUGCAGUCGACCCAUACGAUCCUAGUGCAGAUGUCAACUGGGGGUUCGUCGAGCUCACAACAGACUCUAGGGGAAUUACGGUCAACCUCAGCUAUGUUGACUUCAUUGGUCUCCCACUUGGUAUUGAGGUCCAGGGAAGUGAUGGCACCCAAACAGCUCUCGGUGUGACUACAAAUGCUUUAUCCUCUAUCUGCGAUGCCUUGACGGCACAAUCAUACUCAGACGGCCGGCCCUGGAGCGAGCUCUGCAUGAUUGACAACAGCGGCAAUAUUCUCCGCGUGAUUUCUCCCUACAACUACAUAAACCUGUUCCCGACCGCCUUUGAUUCCUACUGGAUGGACUACGUCUCUCAGUCCUGGUCUAUGUACGAGACUACGACCCUGACCUUUGACACCCAGACUUCAGCUGGCCUGGUAGACUGUACAGUGCAAGACGGUGUUUUUAAUUGCGCAGGCGACAACCGAGGCUACUCACAGCCAGCCGCCAGAGAUAUAUUUGGAUGCAACGAUGGUCCAUUUGCAAUCGAGGCCACCGAUAAUGACGUCCAUCGAGCUAUCGUGCCUCGUCUCUGCGCCGCAAUUAACCGGUCAACCCUUUUACUCAGCGGUGGUAAUAUGCAACCGAGCCUCGACGCAAGUUGUUACUACACGAUAUCACCAACAAACUACUACACCAAGAUUGUCCAUCAGUAUGAGGCCGAUGGGAAGGGAUAUGCUUUUCCUUAUGAUGACGUGACUCCUGAUGGCGCGCCAAACGCCUCUGGUCUUCUUUAUGAUCCGAACCCCACACUUCUCACUAUCACCGUUGGAGGGCCAAUGUCCUGA